GCCAGGAAAAAGAAGAUGGGUGCUGGAAGAAGCAGUUCAGGAGUAAUACCUGUCAGCAGCAGCGCUAUCAGAGGGUAUGCCGAUGACCUCGAUUUUAAUUUAGAAGAUGCACUGGAUGAUGGCCUUUCAACAAAGAGGCCUACUCACAAGCCGCCUAAAACUCCUUCUGGUGGAACAGGUGACUUCGACUUGACCGAUUCCUUUGAUACCCCACCAGAGAAAACAACAAAACCAGCAAAGGCAACCACCGGGCCUUAUCCAAGAAAACCAGAUGAUGGCCGCUGGAAUGUACUGCACACCACUACCACCAAACAGCCUAAAACCACCAAGCCCCCUCCCAAGAAGACCCCAGCAAAAGAUCCAAUGGACCUUGACUUAUAUGAUGCCUUGGAUGAUCAAAAUGAUGGAAGAGGAGGUGGAACGCCAAAUGUAAAUCCUGGUGGCAGAGGCUCGAAAGGUAGAGGUGGAAGAGAUGGAAAACCUGAUAUUUCAGACUCUGACUUGGCUGAUAUCCUUGAUGAUGGCGCCUACCAACCAGAUAAAAAGAAAGGAGGAGGUAGUGUCAGUGGUGGCGGAGACAGCAGUUACAACGAUGGUGCCCUUGUGGAGACAGGGACAAUUGCUGGCAUUGUCAGUGGCCUCGCCAUGGCCCUCAUCGGUGCUGUGAGUAGCUACAUCUCCUACCAGCAAAAGAAGUUCUGCUUCAGCAUACAACAGGGCCUGAAUGCAGAGUAUGUGAAAGGAGAAAACAUGGAAGCUGUUGUGACUGAAGAACCUCAAGUUAAGUAUUCUGUCCUAGAACCACAAUCUGCGGAAGCACCUCCACCGCAAGAAAAUGCAAAAGUCUGAAUCCCGGGUUUGGGCUGGAAAAGAAUCAGGCAAUGGCAAACACAAAACAAAAUACAAACACACACACACACGCUUCUCACGUGCUUGUAAUUUAGCUUUUUACAAACAUUUUAUUUGGAUCCAAAGCUAUUUAAUGUGCGUUCUUCUGACUAGGACAGGCUUCUUAUUGUGGUAGAUGGUAGGCUGGUUGAAAUGUUUUUCAGGUUUUAUUUUAUGUGAAGAGUUGUAGGUUUACAUUGACAUGGUCAUGUAGGAGUUUUGUCAGGUUGAAUACAAAAUGCAAAGGUGCUUCAGAGUGGUGUUUCAUAGUAGAGGUAGAGAUUUUUCAUGAAUGAGGACAAAAAAAGCAGCUGAGGUAGUGACUACAGGUGUGAGAACAAAUGAAGUGCCUGUAAAUGUAACAAUCCAAAGCAAACCAUUUUUAAAACCUUUGUAACAUGACUUUCAGCCAAAUUUUGGCUCUUGGCAUAAGCAUGUAGCUUCCACUAUCAACAGUGAAAGUUACAUGGGUGCUGGACGGUGGAGUUAGCCCUUUUGAGUAGCUAGACUUCAAGAUAUGCAAGUGCCUAUAGAGGGGUAGGUCUUCGUUUGACAGAGACAGCAAGUGACCAUUCCCCACAUGCAACUGGGCUUCACUACAGCUAUAAACCACCUGGUUUUUGCUACCAGAACCCUAUGCAGGUAAUAGUUGUGCAUGCAGUGUUUCCUGUUAAAAACCCUGGAGAUGUUUCAUAAGAUUAGAAUUGACCCCCUACUUAACUGUGAUAAACUCUCGGGCCGGCUACAGAAAGAAAAGCUAUUUCCACCCUGCACAGUUUUGGACCAACAGCCUAAGGUUGCAGAUUGGAUUAUCUGUUGCUCCAGGUUUUAAAGCAUGCUGCAGUGCUUGGAUUUCAGGGACUGCAAGCCCAGCUUAAACUGGUUUGCUGCACUAGGCCAUCUGAGAGGCAAUAUUCCUCAGAUCUCUCACACUUUUGCUGAAGGAUGCUGUGGACAAUUUUAAUGUUAUUGGUCUUUUCUUUACUGCCGAUCACACUCCUCUAGUCAUACGAAUCCACCGCUCAAGUGUGGCAUAGAUAGUGUUUCUCAACUGAUGAUGCAUGUAGUAGACCACAUGCACUGUAAUCAUACCAAGGGAAAUUAAUCCCAUCAGUAAUGGCAUUUGAAAAUUUAUAUUCUUUUGUGUUUUCCAGUUAAGAGUAGUAGUAGCAUCUCCUGCUCAACAGCAGCAUUAUAAUUUUUCACCACUAAUGGAUUUAUUAUUUCUAACAAGUUAACUCCAGUUUUUAAAUUUUUGUUAAAACAUAGCAUCAGUAUUUAUAUAGGGAAUAUUCCAUGGAGGAUCAUAUAAAUUUGCCCUCUUCUAAUUUGGACUAGUAGAAUUCACAUACAGUUUCCCCCACAAGCUGAGCUAACUAUCCAGAGAAAGCCAAUACUCAAAACCAGUGGUGUGCAUAUGAUCACUUCCCCCAGCAUUUUUUUUUGGCCAAUUUCAGGCACCUUUAGACCUGGGACGGGGGACACAUAUUUUGCCACCAGCCCUGCCAAAAUUCUCUGGUCUAGACAAUACAGUUUCAGUUGGGGGGGGGGGGCUCUCUGACAUCUGAAUGUCUUGAUGAAUGUUCACACCCAGUAGUUUCUCCUGACACCGUCCAUCAACACACAGUAAAGAAACUGGAUGUUUCCAACAUGAAUGUGAUACAAUAAUUAAUAUUUAGGGAUGACAUUGCUCAGUGACUGAUACAAACCCAAUCUGUGCCAUUUAUUCCUUGCUAUAUUUUCUGAAGUGGAUGCCCAACCUGGGAGAUCCUGGUAGUUCUUUCUAUGUAGGAUAUCAUUAGGAGGAAUCUUAAACUGAGCCACAUUAUUGGUAGUACAGACUUUCAACAGGAGUGCUUCAGCACUUGAGAGAGAGGUCUUUCCCAGCCCUGCUCCAGAUCAUUGACUAGUGAUACUGUGAGCCUGGAGUUCUAACACUACAAAUCACAAAGUAUGCCAUCGAACCAAGGAGUAACGGAGAUUGCAAUCUGGGCUAUGGUUUUAUUUUUGGGGUACAUUAAUAAUGGCCCUGCAUUUCAAAACUACUGUAUAGCAAGGUGUACACUUUCAUAUCUUGUGAGGAAGUAGUGAUGUUAGGGAACCAUCUGGAAUGGCGUUGGAAGUGUAUGCAUCGCCUUAAGUGUUGACAUAUCCUAUCCACAGUAUGUGUUAUGAGGCAGUGGGGAAAAACGUGCAGAUAAAAUAAAUCUCCAGAACUUGGUUUCAUAGGGAGUCUUACUUAUAGGUGUUUGUGCAGGGAUCUGGGAAUAUUACUGUCCUAUUCAUGUAGAAAUAGCCUUCUGCUUCAAGUGCAGAAGUUACUGUAGAUCUGUGCCUCACCAAAAGCAGUGGAUGAAAAUCUUAAUAAAAGCUGCCCAUGGUUAAAGCCAGCCUGAGGGUUAGGAGUAUAACUAGGUGGAGACAUUUUACUCUGGGAUCCUAGUGAUUUCCGUGGAGCUUGCCUCCAUGUGAAGCUUAAAACUUUAGCCUAGAUGUUUGAUGACACCUGCGCAAAUUCCUUCUGCUCUGUUUUUGUUUCAUAACACGCAUUUCAAAAGCCUUACAGUAGCUUGACAGAAAUGCCUAUCUUUUUGAAUGUAUUUAGCUCUCAUAAUGCCACAAUAGGCUCUUUCUGUGUGAGUUCUCAUUUUACUUGUGGCUUCUAUGGGAUUAAAACAGGGGGGAAAUAAUUAAAGAAGGAAUGUGGCGUACUUGCUUAUUGUAGGGUGCUUUAUACCUUACAGCCACUAGGAAAGAGGCCACUAGAAUUGACUUCUGUAUCAUGGUACUCUGUGGCAAUACUCCCUGGUGGGACAACCUUCACCAGAAUAGGUCAAACCAUCCAAAGAACAGCCUCCUUGAGCAUCACCUCCAAAAGUGAUCUGACUGCUUUCCAUAUUUGAGCUUGCCUUUAGAUACUGAAAAAGUACAUUUUUUAGGAAGGCUGUGGUUUGCAAAAUUUGCAGAGCACAAAUAAGUCCAACGCUGACAAUACCAAGCAGCUGAAUUUACAUAUUGACAUACUUCAAACUACUGUAGCAUAUCUUUCUAAAUUUUUUUUAGCUAAGUACAUUAACAAUUAGAGUAGCAGAAGUAGUGCAUCUUUAGAUAAAUAAUAAAUGUUACUUCUAUGACACUAGUAUUUGCACUAGGAGUCAUUUUCUCAGAUAGAUGAAGUAAAUAUAAUUCCUUAUUUCUUUUUGCCAAUGAUGGGAAAUGUUUCUGUAAAUGUAACUUGUCAAUUUUGUUGUAUUUCUAUUUCUACUGCGGUGUCCUGCCACUGAUCUGACUCUUGAAAUACAGUGCAUCUGAGUGAGUGUUUUAAAAAUAACCCACUAACCACUUAGACAUUUGAAAUGUGUAUGUAUUGCAGAUUUUUUGUAAACAAAACAAAACAAAAAACAAAAAAACCAAUAAGUUUCAUGAAGAAAAAUACCAGGUUUUCAUGAUGUGCAAGUAGAUUAUUAUCCUUUGUGCUACUUCCUUCCCCAAAGCCUUUUUAUAUGAAUUUGGUAAAUGGCUAUGCCCUAAUAUAGGUAGAAUGUAAAAUUCAGAGUAUAGAAAUAAACAGCAAAAGGGAGGUACUGGUUUAGAAUUCUGCAGCAGUACACUUCUGCAUCAGGUACAUGGGGUGAUAAGUUACUAGUUUCUGCAGUAGUCCUUUCAAAAAGGGUUAACUAUAUCCUCAGAGACCCACUUCUGCCUCCCCAAAUGAUGGCUUAUAAAAGCAUUCUCUGUUCAGAGGUUUAAUUCUUUUUUCUCUAGUUGCCUGGUCCAGUUUAGCACUAAAGGUACCUGUCACCCCAACUAUUGCUGCUAAUGGAGUCCUGGUGGCGCAGUAGUUAAAUGGCACAACGUUGUAAGUUCGAUCCUGGAGGGCUCCAAGGCUGACUCAGCUUUCCAUCCUUUUGUAGGUCAGUAAAAUGAAUACCAAGCUUGUUGGGGGUAAUUGGCUUACAGAUUGUAAACCGCUUAGGGAGUGCUAGUUCACUGGAAAGCGGUAAAUGUACUUGCUAUAUUGCUACUGCUAAUCCCAGGAGUGGACAGACUCCCACUUAAUAUUAUAUUAUAGAGCCCAGUACUAAAUACUGACUCAGACUUGCUUUGAGAAUUAAGGGGUGGUCAGCCUGGGAAUUUGUAAUCAGUAACCAGAACCAAAACUAACAAGCCAUUUCACAAUUUCUGGCUUUCCCACCCAUUCCUCUUCUUUUUUUGGCGGGGACUGGUGGAGGCGGCUUCUAAGACAACUUGCCAGUUGUCUUAGAAGCCACUACUACCAGCCCCCCCCCCCUGCAAAAAUUGACCCAGAAAUCAAUUAGUAAAUCCUGAUAUGCAAAGCCAGAGGUGAAAGAAUGUAGGAAAAUGGUAACUGCAUAAUGGGACUUGUCAGGCGAUCACUCUGCAAACAUGCCCAAUGACUUCAGAAAUGUCUGCUGCUGAGAAAGGUUCAGGAAAUGGGGGAGAGGGGGUAUUUUUUUCAACCUGUUGCUGCCCCUCUUAAUGUAGUGAAGCCAGGAAUUGAACCUGGGACCUUCUGCAUGCAAAGCAUGUGCAUUACCACUGAACAGUGACCUGUCCCCACUGGGACCUCCUUUCCUUUGUCUGUACACACAACCAACACCACAUUUGGCUUUUCCUGCCUGAUUGUUCUGUAGCAGCGCCAACUGUAUAGUACUACACCUCCAGGUGGGAUCCAUUUCUGCUUUUCUACUCUGUUUUUUUAUAUUCAUAAUUAAAACUGUGUGCUGAAAUGCCAUAUAAAUAAGCUCCACCAGAUGUUCCAGAAUAGGUCAAGUGACAAUGCAUUAAAGUCUUCCAUCAGGCCAAAGAUGUAUAUAUGACCCUUCUUGUGCCCUGAAUUUAUACACCACACACAUUCUUGCAACUAGAGAAAAGAAGAUGGCUAAUUCUGUAUCUUGCAAAAUUAUGAGAAUACUGUUACCUUGCUUACGAGUUGGCUUGGUUUAUUUUUUAGGCACAACAUCUUAAGGCAUGGCAUCAACAGUCACCUUCUCUACAGCUAACAGCAAAUAGCCCUUCUCAUCAUAUAUUAUCAUUGCCAAUAGACUAUUUGCUGCUGUGUGAAUUGGUGCUCAUCUGAGAUAAGUGCAUAACUUUACUAACAAAAAAGAGAAUUAAAGCAAACAGAUGAGAGAAAAAUGCAGGAGAAACCAGAUGAAAAGAGUAGAUUGUGUCUAAAAGAUGCCAAGCUUUUAUUUGAGCAAUAUAUAUACAGACCUUUGACUGAUACAGAAAUGAUUUGUCCCAGAUGGAAAAGCUAGCAUUAUGUUAUGAAAAGGCAGACUCAUUUUACUAAAGUGCAUAUAAGAAUUAUGGGGGAGGGAUAUCCUCACUUGAUUGCCGAACUACAAACUGGAAAAUAAUAAAUGAGAGACUGACUUGUACAAUAA